UCUCUUCUGAGCAAGGUGUGAGUGUCAGUACUGGAGUUACCUGAGCUGUCACACUGGCUUAUGCAACACCAAGGGUUGAGUCCAGGGCUUGGUGCAUGGAGUUCCCUGUGUUAGUGACGUGAGUGCAUGGACUGUACGUUGGAAGAGAGUGCUCAGAGUGCAGAGUCACUGGUGUUACAGGGACAAGGUUUCCCGGGGGAUGGAGGUGAAGAUGGACUCUCUGAGAUCUUCCAGCUUCUGCAGAUGGAUGUGGUAUAUGAGCACCGAGAGGAAGAGGCCUGCCCUGCAAACAGUGCCACGUGGCGCUCGAAAAAUGUGCAGAGAAAACAGAGACACUGGGAAAGGAUAGUCUCCUCGAAGAAAAGCAAAAGGAAGCAGGAAAAAGAAAGAAGCAAAGCCAAGCAUACAGAACACCCAGGCUCCUGCCCCCAGCACAGCAAACGUUUUUUGAAAGCCUUAACCAAAGAGAAACUUUUGGAAGCCAAACAUUCAGGACCAAGACUAUGUGUUGACUUAAGCAUGACCCACCACAUGUCAAAGAAGGAAUUGAGUAGGUUGGCGGGACAGAUUCGAAGGUUGUAUGGUUCAAACAAAAAAGCCAGCAGGCCCUUUUGGAUCUGCCUCACUGGAUUCUCAACUGACAGUCCCCUCUAUGAAGAGUGCUUGAGGAUGAAUGAUGGAUUUUCUGCAUACUUGCUUGAUGUCACAGAAGAGGACUGUUUUAGUUUAUUUCCUCUGGAAACCCUUGUGUACCUGACUCCCGACUCUCAACAAGCCCUUGAAGACAUUGAUCCAAACACGGUUUACAUCAUUGGUGGACUUGUCGAUGAAAGCAUUCAGAAGAAGGUGACAUUUCAAAAAGCUCGAGAAUACUCUGUGAAGACAGCCCGCUUGCCAAUCCAGGAAUACAUGGUCAAGCGUCAGAAUGAGAAAAACUACCAUUCAGAAAUACUGGCCAUCAAUCAAGUGUUUGACGUCCUGUCCACCUACUUUGAGACUCACAACUGGCCUGAAGCAUUGAAGAAAGGAGUUUCUCCAGGGAAAGGCUACAUUCUCCGGAAUUCCAUGGAAUGAUGGGCAGCCUCCAGCUGUAGUGGGUGGAACGCCAGAGGUGCUUAGACCAAAGGACAGGGCAAAGGGUGGCAGUGGCACACACUUGCCUUUACUUGCUAUCAUGGAUUUUGAAAGCCAUUAAUGGCAAGGACCACAUUUUAUGCUUUGUGUCGCCUACAUGCCUGGCUCACUGGAAAUGCCCGAUAAAACAGUACUAUGGUUUAAAAAAAAGUUUUCAGGAAUUGUCCAAAUACAUGGAUGGCAUUUUGGAUGUUAAUUUGUUUUGUACAUUAAUCUCUAUUUGUGAAAGGCCUACUUUUAGAGGCGUUUUGUCAGAGGUUUUCAUUGACCUUGCAUAAAAUGACUUUUCUCUCCCCUGUAGGUGUGCUGAUUCUUCAGCAGAUCAGACACACACUGCACGUAAGCUUAGCUGUCUUAGCCCGGCCCGGCCCUCUUUAAGCCUUUAGAGCCCUUUGUUCUUUCCUGUGCUCUCCCCGUCCUCUUUCUGAUUACCGUCAUGGAGGGCUCCGCUCUUCUGGUCAUAGAAAUAGCCUUGUGUGGCCUUCAGGGCCUUAUACAAACUGUGCUGUGCACACAAACACCCAGAUCUAAUCAAAACGCCCACAUUGUUACUGAUAAACUCAGAAUAAAGCAGCUAGAAAAGAAUGCUGCGUUCUGACACUCAAGCACACUAGUCUACAGACAGACUUCUCACAUUCAGAUACAGCCAUCUCUGUUACUCCCAUAAAGGACCUCUCAGCCUACUUCCUUCUCCUUUCCCAUUGAAUGCCCUGGGAGCUAUCACUUGAUAAAAUCUGAUAUUGACAAAUAGACUAGGCCUCAGGAAACCCCUAAGGUUUUCAGCAUACUGGAUGGUUCUCACACUGGAUGGAUGCUUCUCAUACUGGAUGGGACUAGGCCACAUAGGCUUCAGGGGUGUAUAACUCAUUCUCAGAGAAUCACUGAACUUUUAUCACUGUCAGUCUACAUUUUUAUCUCUGGAGGCUUUAACAUAAAUAGCAUAGAAUUUUCUUUCUGACUCAAGUCCAAACCUCUCUUUAUCUAAAAACUAAGGACAUAGUUAUUUUAAGACUGUAGGAAUAGCCGGGCGUUGGUGGUGCACACUUUUAAUCCCAGCACUCGGGAGGCAGAGGCAUCGGAUCUCUGUGAGUUCGAGGCCAGCCUGGUCUACAGAGUGAGUUCCAGGACAGCCUCCAAAACAAUAGAGAAACCCUGUCUCGAAAAACCUAAAAAAAAAAAGAUUGUAGGAAUUGAUGUUAGCUAAGUAACAUUUAGCCAGACUAGAAUCAGAAAUCCUCAUCACACUGUUACUUAAGAAAAAAGCUGAAGGCCGGACAGUGGUGGUGCAUGCCUUUAAUCCCAGCACUCAGGAGGCAGAGGUAAAUUCAAAGUCAGCCUGGUCUACAGAGCGAGUGCCAGGAUAGGCUCCAAAGCUACACAAAGAAAGCUACACAAAAAAAGAUGACAUAAAAAAAUACCUUGUAUUGCCAAGUGAAAUACCUGUAAUUACUAGUUUUUUUUCUUAUAAUAGCUAUGAAAGAACUAUAUCCUAUAGUUUGAAGUACACAGUAUGUUAUAAUAUCCUGCAACUCCAAUUUGAAAUACAAAUACGCAGUAGCUAAAAUUAAGCCUUAGGCCCUGUCACACUCUGGUUCAGUACCUUUAUGAGGAUUAGUGUCAUCUGCAGUUACCAGGUGUCAGCUAAUGGAACAAUACUCUUCAACACAGUAAGCACAUGAGUAUGAGCUGGAUAUACUCUUCCACUGGCUUAUGGGAUGACAGACGGGUCUUCCCUCUGCAAACAAGUCUUACUAUUAUAACGAGAACAGUUUUAAUGUUGAGCUACAGCUCAUUAUAGAAGCUGUAACAUAGCAAAACUUCAAAUAACACUAUAUAUAAAAUUUAUAUAAAAUUACAAUUUUCUUAGCUAUGUGUGAGUAAAAACCAGUAACUCUUAUAAAAAUAUUUUAUUGGAUUCUCUAAGACAAUAUGCAUCUUCUGAAGAUCUGGUAGGAAGAGAUUCAUCUGAGAAAAAGAUUUUCCCAGGAAACUCAGUCUUGAAUAAAAUGAGCCAUUAAAGAGGUGUUCAUGUCAACUUUCUGCCAAUCUGGCAAAGAUUUGUUUCCUUUGAUCUGUGGUCAUGUGUUCACAAGCUUCUAAGACAUUCGCCAAAAUUAAAGUCUGCUGAAUGGUU